GAAAGUGUGGAAUGGAGGAAGGAUGAAGCUUGAAUCCAUUCGCGAGGGGUUUUGCGUCGAUCGAGACGCUAGCGGCGCGCGCUAUCGCCAUGAGGAGGCGCGGUGGAAUCUGCAUGUCGAUCGCCGGCACGGAGAUUUCCUCCAGCCCCUGCGUUGUUCUUGCCGAUCGAUCGGCAGUUCUUGCCAGCCGGCAUUGGUGAUCGGGCGUGGAUUUCGAUUCUAGCAGCGGUCGGGCACGGGAUUAUGCGGUGAUGCGGGGCUCCAGGGCUCUUCCCGGUGAUUCUUUGAUCGACUGGCUCGAUGGCGUCGCUCCAGCAUUCUUUUUGCUCCUGGCGGCGGCGCCUCUCUUUCUUGGAAUCGAUAUCGUGGCGGCACAGAGUAGCGAUGGGGGCCUUGACAGCGAUCUUUCGGCAUUGCUGGAUUUCAAGGCGGGCUUGAUUGAUCCAGGUGACAGGCUCAGCAGCUGGAAUCCAUCGAAUGCCGGCGCUCCAUGUCGAUGGCGAGGGGUGAGUUGCUUCGCCGGGAGAGUCUGGGAGCUCCAUCUUCCACGCAUGUAUCUCCAAGGAUCGAUCGCCGACUUGGGGAGGCUGGGAUCCUUGGAUACGUUGAGCCUUCAUUCCAACGCCUUUAAUGGGUCUAUUCCAGAUUCUCUAUCCGCUGCUUCCAAUCUCCGGGUCAUUUAUCUCCACAACAAUGCCUUUGAUGGCCAAAUCCCAGCGAGUUUGGCUGCGCUGCAAAAACUCCAGGUUCUCAAUCUCGCCAACAACAGGCUAACCGGAGGCAUUCCUCGCGAACUCGGGAAACUCACAUCAUUGAAGACGCUCGAUCUGUCCAUCAACUUUCUUUCAGCUGGCAUUCCGUCAGAGGUAUCCAACUGUUCCAGGCUGUUGUAUAUCAACCUCUCCAAGAACAGGCUUACAGGUUCCAUACCACCAUCUCUCGGGGAGCUUGGUCUGCUGCGCAAGCUUGCUCUGGGUGGGAACGAGCUGACAGGAAUGAUUCCAUCCUCGCUCGGAAACUGCUCUCAGCUAGUGAGUCUGGAUCUGGAGCACAAUUUGCUGUCUGGGGCUAUACCAGAUCCUCUGUACCAGCUUCGUUUGCUCGAGAGACUGUUCCUGAGUACCAACAUGCUGAUCGGAGGCAUCUCGCCUGCACUUGGCAACUUUUCGGUAUUAUCCCAGCUGUUUUUGCAAGACAACGCGCUUGGGGGUCCUAUUCCUGCGUCCGUCGGCGCGCUCAAACAGCUCCAGGUGCUGAACUUGUCUGGAAACGCUUUGACCGGUAACAUUCCUCCUCAAAUAGCAGGGUGUACUACCCUUCAGGUUCUGGAUGUACGGGUUAAUGCUCUCAACGGUGAAAUUCCCACAGAACUGGGUUCGCUGAGUCAGCUGGCCAAUCUUACGCUCUCUUUCAACAAUAUCAGUGGAAGUAUUCCAUCGGAGCUGUUAAACUGCCGAAAGCUGCAAAUUCUUAGACUGCAAGGCAACAAACUUUCUGGAAAGUUACCGGACUCGUGGAACUCUUUGACAGGGCUUCAGAUACUAAAUCUGAGAGGGAAUAAUCUUUCCGGUGAAAUUCCAAGCUCUCUUCUCAACAUUUUGUCGCUGAAGCGUCUGUCACUUUCUUACAACAGUCUCUCGGGAAAUGUGCCACUCACCAUCGGCAGGCUGCAAGAGCUACAAAGUUUGUCACUCUCGCACAACUCUCUGGAAAAAAGUAUACCGCCCGAAAUCGGCAACUGCAGCAACUUGGCGGUCUUGGAAGCGAGUUAUAACAGGCUUGACGGGCCCCUCCCACCUGAGAUAGGAUAUCUUUCUAAGCUUCAAAGAUUGCAACUGCGGGACAACAAGCUCUCAGGAGAGAUACCAGAAACGUUAAUCGGCUGCAAGAAUUUGACGUAUUUGCAUAUUGGAAACAACAGGCUAUCGGGAACUAUUCCGGUUCUACUCGGUGGUUUAGAACAGAUGCAGCAGAUCCGUCUAGAAAACAACCAUCUUACUGGCGGUAUACCGGCAAGUUUCAGUGCUCUGGUAAAUCUACAAGCGCUCGACGUCUCCGUCAACAGUCUUACAGGACCAGUUCCAUCGUUCCUCGCCAACCUUGAAAAUCUAAGGUCGCUGAACGUAUCAUACAACCAUCUCCAGGGCGAGAUUCCUCCAGCGUUAAGCAAGAAGUUUGGAGCCAGCUCCUUUCAAGGCAAUGCACGUCUGUGUGGAAGACCUCUAGUGGUGCAGUGCUCGCGAUCGACAAGAAAGAAACUCAGUGGGAAAGUUUUGAUCGCGACAGUGCUGGGCGCCGUCGUGGUUGGCACGGUCUUGGUGGCAGGCGCUUGUUUCCUGCUUUACAUACUGCUACUGAGAAAACACAGAGACAAGGACGAGAGAAAAGCAGACCCAGGAACAGGGACGCCUACCGGGAACCUUGUCAUGUUCCACGACCCGAUUCCCUACGCCAAAGUUGUCGAGGCGACGCGACAGUUCGACGAGGACAGCGUCCUGAGCAGGACGAGAUUCGGCAUUGUCUUCAAGGCCUGCCUGGAAGACGGCAGCGUCCUCUCGGUGAAGCGCCUCCCGGACGGCUCCAUCGACGAGCCGCAGUUCCGGGGCGAGGCGGAGCGGCUGGGGAGCCUCAAGCACAAGAACCUGCUCGUUCUUCGCGGCUACUACUACAGCGCCGACGUGAAGCUGCUCAUCUACGACUACAUGCCCAACGGGAACCUGGCGGUGCUGCUGCAGCAGGCCAGCAGCCAGGACGGGAGCAUUCUCGACUGGCGGAUGCGGCACCUGAUCGCUCUCAACAUCGCGCGCGGCCUCCAGUUCCUCCACCACUCGUGCGACCCGCCAGUGGUGCACGGCGACGUCCGGCCUCACAACGUCCAGUUCGACGCCGACUUCGAGCCCCACAUAUCCGACUUUGGCGUCGAGAGGCUGGCGGUGACGCCCCCGGCGGACCCUUCGACGUCCUCGUCCUCCACGCCGGCCGGGGGAUCCCUGGGCUACGUCUCGCCCGAGGCUGGCGCGACGGGGGUGGCCAGCAAAGAGUCGGACGUUUACGGGUUUGGGAUCCUGCUGCUGGAGCUCCUGACGGGGCGGAAGCCCGCGACGUUCUCGGCCGAGGAGGACAUUGUCAAGUGGGUGAAGCGGCAGCUGCAAGGGAGGCAGGCGGCGGAGAUGUUUGAUCCGGGACUGCUGGAGCUCUUCGACCAGGAGUCGUCCGAGUGGGAGGAGUUUUUGCUGGCGGUGAAGGUGGCGCUGCUGUGCACGGCGCCGGAUCCCAGCGACCGGCCCUCCAUGACCGAGGUGGUGUUCAUGCUCGAGGGAUGCCGGGGCGGCGGCGGCGGCGGCGGCGGCGCGGAGGUGGCAUCGUCGGACCUCACCUCGCCAUUGUCGGCUGUGUAGAGGCUGGUAAGAAGCUCUCGCGAUCCGUUUGAAAGAUGACAAAUCUUUCGCUUUACAGUGACAAGUGUGGAGAUCAACAUUUUUUUCUUAUGAUCUUCAUGAUCAAAAAGGUAGUCGUUUUAAAUGUGAUGCUUACCCACAAAGCUUUCGUUGUAGUUCGGGGGCUUCGAUUACGAGACGAUUGUUUGAUCACCUGGUGGGGGGGCUUUCCCAUAUCCUUUUAUGCAAAUAGCUAUACAAAGGCACGGAGUGUGCUCUUCUCUUC